UGUAUGGCCACUCACGGAGCUGUGCGCUGGGUGCGAGCCAUGAAUACUGCGUUGUUGAUUAUUUUUUUGACAUACGCUUUUGGCAAUGAAAAUAUUUCUCCAGAGAUGAGAAAAUCGGGCAUCUACUUGACAAUAUCCUCCUUCAAUGGACUCGGCAGCUACGGUUACUUCGAGAUGAACUGGUUUGGCAUAGGAGAAGAAUACAUCGGAGAAACGUUCAACGCGCUAACGACGAAAAAUCCACCAAGAAGCCUGUCUGACAUUCUCUCUCUAUGGGCUAUCCGACGUCCGAGUGGCAGAUUCACAACAGGCGUUCUAGCCCCAAACUUUAACAUCAGCACUUUGAUGAAGGGACAGUGUCUCGGUUACUGGGGCCUCAUAAUGCGACAAAGGAAUGUAUCGGCAAAUGACAGCUCACGGGAUUUCGAAAAGCUAAAGAGAACACAGGGCUUGAGUGAGAAAGAGAAAAAAAGCCUUGCCCUUGUAUCCAGUCUCUUGCGCUGCUUUCCGAAAGAUGUCCAGUCACUAGCCAGCCCUACUUCAGACUGUUGAAAUACUUUACUCUUCGUGCUUUACUCCCAAGCCUCGGUGGAUGCGAGAUAAUUGUGACGUGCUCUCUACCCUCACACUGAUGGACAUGCUCAUCCCAGGUACGCACAAUUCCGGAAUGUACAACUUGGGGCUCACCCUACCAUACGAACAUCACGCUUAUAACCAGGACAAAACUGUAAAGCAGCAGCUAGCAUAUGGAAUCCGUGCCUUAGAGCUGAGAGUGCAACACACUAAUGGAAAAUUCUAUACUACGCACGACAGAGUUCGGGGAUGGCCUACCAUACGGCAAGUACUCCAGGAGGUUCGAGAAUUUGUGGAUGAGACCGGUGAACUGGUGCUUCUGGAUUUUCACAGGUUUACGAAGGGUUUCGACGAACGAUACGACAAUGUGACUGCACGCCACAUUGAGCUCGUACAACUGAUCGUUACAGAGUUAAACGGUGUGCUUCUGAAGAAGUACGACUAUUUAGGAAGAUUGCACCAAAUCUUUGGUGAAUGCAAAAAGGAAACAAAGCCGCAGGGCCAUGUUAUUGUGUUUUACAAUUCGAAAUACAAGAGCGGACCUUAUGAGGAAUACCUGGCGCCAUUAGUAGUGCACCGGUGGCCUAACGCGCAAAGCAAACAGGCCCUCAUGGAACACUUGGAAAUAGAAGCGUGCAUUUCGGCAAGUUGCAAUCUUAUUUCUAUAAUGGCCGAGCUCACGGCGUCAUUUCCUAAACUUAUCGCCGGGAACCGUCAAGCGGCACAAUGGAUUAAUUACGACGUGACGGAAUAUUUCAGGAAUCAUCAGCAGAAGUGCUUUGGGUUUAUUUCUACAGAUUUUUUUCUUGGUAACGGAAUUAUUGAUGUAACAAUCGAAGCAAAUCUUCUGAGAGGAGGCAACGGAAGAAUUCUCAAACCAUCUCGGAGACAUUAUGACUGUAACAUCACUGGUAACAUUUGAAAAAAGAAUGUCAAAGACCA